UAUGUAGAAUAGUGUGUAAAACACUGAAUAGUUUUCUUUGGGAUAGCAGCAAUGAUGAGACUGGUUGAUGGCCUAGUUAUUUAUUUGGUCAUUUUAAUGAUGAAAAUUGGGGAUGCUCAACAAGUAUUAAAGCUUCAAAAUCCACGAUUGAUGAAUUGCAGAAUUGAUAGAAUUUAUCAGUUUGGCGACUCAAUGUCGGAUACCGGCAAUUGCAUCAGAGAGACCCUUUGUGGAUCUAAUUCUUUGUGUAUAGGACCUCCAUAUGGAAUGAACUUUUACCAGAACGUAACCGGACGUUGUUCUAAUGGCAUGCUCAUCAUUGAUUUCUUAGCGCUGGAAUGUGGUCUUCCUCUGCUAAAUCCGUGGGAGGAUGAAAAUGCAGAUUUUAGUCACGGUGUGAAUUAUGCAGUAUCAGGGGCUACUGCUUUAUCAGCCGAAUACCUAGCAGAGAACAACUUUCUUAAUAUAGGAUGUACCAAUAGUUCAUUGAGUGUGCAACUUGAUUGGAUGUCUUCUCAUUUACUCAACAUCUGCUCCUCUGAUUGUCCAGAAAAAUUGAACACGUCACUUUUCCUAGUUGGAGAAAUCGGAGGAAAUGAAUUCAUUUUUGGCUUAUUGCAAGGUAAAACCAUGGACGAGUUGCGAAGAAUGGUGCCAAAAGUUGUUCAAAACAUCAUUCAUGGUGUUAGAGUGAGUAUAUUCCUUUAAUCUUCAAAAUUUAAAUAGCCUUUGUCACAAUCUCGUGAUGGUAAGAGGCCUGGUGUGAUGAAGAAAUCAAAGUAGGUUUAUCACAUGGAAGAGAACCUGAAAAAAUACUCUGCUAACAAUUUCCUGAUACCUAUUAUCAUCGGUCAAUAAUAGUAGAAACUAAUUAUUGAACUCGCAGAUUAAAAAUACACACUUCUUAAGCAGCAACGAUCAGUCACUGUAAUAGAAAUCAGCCUCUCACCGGUAACAUUUGGGUUCUUCGGGACACCUCAAGCGAAAAAUAGAAUAGACACCGAACCGAAGUUCAUUUCUUUGGUUUUUCAGUAUUUCUGUCCACCCUAAUAUAAGUAA